UGAACGGACUCCGGCAAGUAAUUACCCAAAGAUCAGUCAGAAUGGCCAGUACUGCAUAUACAGGUCCUCAGCAGCCCCAGGGCGACAAGAAGCCGAGAACGAGAGGGGGAAGAGGCAGACCAAAUGACUCACCAGAAGUCCAACUAUCAAAAUCACUAUCUUACAUCCUGCGACAUGGAGCAGCAAAAGAGGGGCUGGAGAUGCGCGAGGACGGUUAUGUGAUUCUUAAAGACAUUCUGGCACGGCCAAAAUUCAAGAACGUCACAUUCGAAGAGAUCCAGCAUAUUGUCGAAACCAAUGACAAGAAACGAUAUGCCCUACUACCACCAACAGAUCUACAACAAUCAUCACCAGAAGGAUGGAUGAUCAGGGCAAAUCAGGGUCACACAUUGCAGGUUGAAUCGCUCGAACUUUCAGAAAUUACCGAGCCAUUACCGAUCUGCGUACACGGCACGACAAAGAAGCCAUGGGAAGCGAUCAAACAGGAAGGACUGAGCAAGAUGAAGCGAAAUCAUAUUCAUCUUGCUGUCGGCAAGUUUGGCGAGGAAGGUGUGAUCAGCGGUAUGAGGAAGAGCUGUACGGUGUUUGUGUACGUAGAUAUGAAGAAGGCUCUUGAGGCGGGGAUCAAGUUCUACCAGAGUGCAAAUGGAGUGGUCCUGACUGAAGGAAAUGCUGAGGGCAAACUGUCACCUGAGUUCUUCGAGAAAGUCGAGGAUGAUAAGGGUCAAUUGCUGCUGUGAGCGUAUGUACCCGAGAUUUAUGUCUAGAGAACAGCCAAAGGGAACAUCGAAAAGAUCCAAAAACUGCUCUGA